GACACAUGGAAGAUUCGUGUACAACUAACUAAGCCUGUCACUUGGCCUCCUCUUAUCUGGGGUGUGGUGUGUGGUGCUGCUGCUUCAGGGAAUUUCCAUUGGACGCCUGAUGAUGUAGCCAAAUCGGUUGCUUGUAUGCUAAUGUCUGGUCCUUUCCUUACGGGCUUUACACAGACACUUAAUGACUGGUAUGAUAGAGAAAUUGAUGCUAUUAAUGAGCCAUACCGUCCAAUUCCCUCGGGGGCAAUAUCUGAGAAUGAGGUUAUCACACAAAUAUGGGUGCUGCUUUUAGGAGGCCUUGGAUUGGCCGGUUUGUUGGAUGUGUGGGCUGGACAUAAUUUUCCGGUUAUAUUUUACCUUGCUCUUGGUGGGUCCUUUCUGUCCUACAUAUACUCAGCUCCACCGUUGAAGCUCAAACAAAAUGGAUGGGUAGGCAACUUUGCUCUAGGGUCGAGCUACAUCAGUUUGCCCUGGUGGGCAGCUCAAGCUUUGUUUGGAACCCUUACACCAGACACUGUUGUUCUUACACUAUUCUAUAGCAUUGCAGGGCUUGGCAUAGCAAUUGUGAAUGACUUCAAGAGCAUUGAAGGAGAUAGAGCCAUGGGACUUCAGUCAAUUCCUGUAGCGUUUGGGCCUGAAGCUGCUAAAUGGAUUUGCAUUGGUGCCAUCGAUUUAACCCAACUAUCUGUGGCUGGCUAUCUUCUUGGAGUUGGGAAACCAUAUUAUGCAUUAUCGCUCCUUGGUUUAACCAUACCACAAAUAUUUUUCCAGUUCAAAUACUUAUUACAAGACCCUAUUAAAUAUGACGUAAAGUAUCAGGCGAGUGCACAACCAUUUCUUGUACUCGGUCUCUUAGUUACCGCAUUAGCAACUAGUCAUUGAGUUUUGUACGCUCCAAACAACAACAAAAUGGGAACGAUUGGAGCCAAUUCAAAUAGGGAGCCAUGGAAAUGGAGCCAAUUCAUGACGCUCGUUUGCUUACCUUUUGAUGGUGCGUGCAUUAAGUUGUUCAAAGUAGGGCUAGUUUUCUUCAUUGUUGCUCCUCAUCAACCAUCACGCAGCUGCCCCUCGUGGACCGUUUUAGCUAAACAAUACUAGUUGUUACCCGGAUGUUAAAGAAUUGUAUUUUCUAUUAAUAAGAAAAUUGAUAUUAUUAGUUUAUCUAGCAAAAAAAUGUCAAAAUUAUUUUACAAUAUUACUGCAUGAUGUAAUUUUAAUUGAUGAUCAAAGUUUGUCCGAUAGUAAAAAAUAAGUCAAAUGGAACGAACAAAAUGGAACGAAGGUA